AAUCAUUCUUAUAAGAGACAGAAAUAGGUAGCAGGAAAUCGUUUCACUUCUUAUACAUUUAUCGUGUAGAGACCGAUUGUUAUUCAUUAAAGUGACCUCUAAAAUGGCUACUAAACGAUUUAUUAAAUCUUCUAUUGAUUGGGCUGCUUUUGCUGAAAGAGUUCCUGCGAAUCAAAAAGUGAAGUUCCAGCAAUUUAAGGCAAAAGUAGAUGGUUACACCCACAAAUUAAUGAGCUAUCCUGAAAAACCUCCUACUAUAGAUUUUUCAAUGUAUCGCUCUCGAUUGCCUUCUCCUGCUAUGGUUGAUGAAUUCGAAAAGCAGUAUAAAAGUUUCACGGUUCCCUAUCCUCCAGAUAAAGUUUCGUCUCAAAUUGAUGAUCAGGAGAAAUUAUUAGAUAAUGAUCUUAAGGAAUGCAAGGAACUUGCAGACUUGAAAAUUCAAUAUUUCAACAAAAGACUGCAAUGGUGGAAAGAUAUGAUGCCUUUCUUUGAAAUGUCUAAAGAAGAGUUUUAUGAUUAUUUCCCAGAUGCUCCAUUGCAUCCUUACAAGGAUCCAAGCUUCUGGCCCCAUGACGAACCUUCACGACCUAUUUUCCCAUACAGAGGACAGAUAUAAUUAAAUGCUUAAGUUAUUAUGAUCAAUAGGUUUAUCAAUUAAAUUAGAUAUGAAAUGUAUUAUUUGCAUUGAUUAAAAAUGAUGUAAUACUUCUUUUCAUUCUUUAUGCACUUAUUAGUGUUUUGAUAUUAAAAUAUAAUAAAAUACGAAACUCUAGAAGCAAA